GACCCCUUUACCCUACCACCCAAUCCACACCAGCGACAUUCCCACAUCCCACCAUUCAUUUCUCAGAUACCUCCAUCUCUUCUACUUCAUCAAAUCCCAUCACCUCGCACUGGACGUGUCGUCAACGUCCACGUGUCGACAACCCCCCAACUCACAGACUAGAUAAACCCCCCAAAAAUGCUCCAACAACUCUCUUCAAAUGUUAGGCUCUGGCGACCUCACCAGCAACCUCAGCCGGCAGUCAGAGCCGAGCCCGUCUGAGUCAACAACACCAAGAGUCCUAACCAUAUUAUCUCUUGUGAUAGAGAAGCUAGUGGCUAGAAAUGACAAGCUUGUGGAUGACAUGGAUAAAAAGCUAGAUGGGGUGAGCUCUGGUUUGGCUAGGGUCGGGAAGAGCUUGAAUGUGUUCCAUGGUGUGAGGGCUCCUAACAUAAGCAUAGUAAAGUACUUGGAGAGACUUUACAAGUACACAAGCUGUAGCCCAUCGUGUUUUGUGGUCGGAUAUGUUUAUAUAGACAGGCUGACACAUAAGCAUCCUGACUCUCUUGUGAUUUCACUGAAUGUACAUAGGUUGCUUGUUACAAGUGUCAUGGUUGCUUCUAAGAUGCUGGAUGAUGUGCACUAUAACAACGCAUUCUAUGCACGGGUUGGAGGUGUGAGCAAUGCAGAAUUGAACAGGCUUGAAAUGGAAUUCCUUUUCCUCUUGGAUUUUGGGGUUGUGGUCAGUUCUCGAGUCUUUGAGAGCUAUUGCUCGCACUUGGAGAAAGAGAUGAUGAUAAAUGGUGCGUCACAGAGAAUUGAAAGGGCCAUCGUCUCCAAUGCUGUUGAUGAUGUUACAGAGUUAUCAGUUGAAGAUACUCAAAGUUCUUCACCCCCUCAAGGAAUGGACUGACCUGAGUUGCUAUGUGUACAUUUUCUUUUCAUUGGCUUAGUAAUUCAUGUAACUUUGGGCACUUUAUCAUGAACUACGUUCUUGUUUCUUCAA